GUCGCGUUGAUGCGAGCGGUGAAUUGCUAAGCGGUAGGAAUCUCAGGGAUAAUGGUAAAUAAUCACUAUUUUAUUCUGUUUAAUCAACACAGCAUUCUGACCAUUCGCUGCAUUGUCGCUUGAAGAUAUCAGCAGGUUUCUCAAGGAGGCCUAAUUAGGCCUAUUUAGCAAUCAUGUUUUUUGUAUGAUAAAUGGAGUGCCAGGGGAUCAUGUUGAUGAUCUAAAUAGCUAUUACAUUUUAUUUUUAUUAAUUAUUUUAUGGCUCUGAUCGGAUGGUUGCAUGGUAAACAUGUUGCAUCCUGUCUCUCUCUCUCUCCCCAUUCAGUUUUUCAUCAUGUUCCUGAUCAAGUCCAAGGGGAGGAACAAGUAACUGUAAGGACUAGUUAGACAAUGCUGCAUCUUCUGCGUCUUCGUCCCUUCCGGAGGCCUCUCUCCUCUGUCCUUUGGAGGACACUAUGCUGCACCUCCUACUCCACCCAGCAGCCCCACUCCCUCCAGGGCUCCCUCCCCCCAGAGACCCGCCGGAACCCUCUCAACAUCCAGAUGCUGUCCCAAAACCUCCAUGAGCAGAUCUUCCGCGGCGCAGAGCAGGAGUACGAGGACGAGAAGGUGGAGCGGAGCAUCAGGCACCUGCAGAGGCACCAGCUGUGGGGAAAAGAAUCCUCCCUGCUGCCUGGUGUGGAGCUCCAGCUGCCCCACAUGUACGGGGAGGACAUCAACGGCCACUUCCGCAUACUGGCCCAAAAGCAGAGCCUGCCCUACCUGGAGGCUGCCAGUAAGCUCCAGCAGGCCCCGCUGCCCCCCAUGCCCCAGGACUGGGUGUGGGAUGUGGGCUGGAUGCGCUACGGGCCGGGUGGGGAGGCCAGACGGGUUGACUUCCCAGACGAGGCAGGCCUGGUGUUUGACGUGGAGGUGUGCAUGGCGGAGGGACACUGUCCCACGCUGGCUGUGGCCGUGUCCCCCACUGCCUGGUGAGACUAAUAGAGAGGACCAAGACCCUCUACUGUGGGAGGGAGGAUUUGUUACAAUGAGCUGGAGGAACUGACUACUUUAUUUCAGUACCAGACAUUUUAUGUCACUUCUUAGGAUUUGUACCUAUUUACUUUAACUGUAAAAUGAUCUGUAGAUAUAAAAAUACUGAAAGGCUUUUCUAGUGACAGGUUGAUGGUGUAUAUUGUGUUUGAACUGGUCAGGAAUAAUUACAGUUAUUUAUCAAGGACUAUUUCUUUUAGGCCAGGGUGGUAUUGCAGUUUCAUUGAAUACUCUGUAUUCUGUCUUUCUGUUUCCUGCCAGGUACUCGUGGUGCAGCAAGCGUCUGAUAGAGGAGAGAUACUCCUGGUCCAGCCAGCUGACCCCUGCUGACCUCAUCCCCAUGGAGACCCCAACCAACUCCAGCCGCCCUCCGGGUGGCCAGUGGAGGGAGAGACUGAUUGUGGGCCACAACGUCAGCUUUGACCGGUCUUACAUCAAGGAGCAGUACCUGCUGAAGGUCAGAGUUCACAGGGUUACGGGGACACAUUUUGAAGCAUAAUUCAUCACUAUUUAGUGUGAUUGACAGUCAUUUAUGCCGGAUUCACACUAUAGGGCGGAAUGGCACCGUGCUGUGCUGGCUAUGAUAUUUUGUUAUCCUCAGGCUAGCCCAGAACAGCUCGGUUUGGCCCAAUAGUGUGACUCAGGCAUUAGGGUCUUUGGAGUGGCUCAUGCGUUCUGUCUUUAUUCUGGCUGUUUCCCAAUCCACAAGGAUGCUUCCAUUGGAGGCAGGUAAGCAGCUGCCUUUGGAUUGAGACACAGUCUCUGUAUGUUAUUUUUCCCCACAGGGUUCUAAGGCUCGUUUUCUGGACACCAUGAGUCUCCACAUGGCCAUCUCUGGUCUGACUGGGUUCCAGCGCACGCUGUGGAUGGCCAACAAGCACGGCAAGAGGCGUGGCCUCCUGGAGGUCAAAGAGCAUAUGAAGAAAGUGGGCCGGCCUGGGCGGAAGGAAGGGCCCAUGGUCAGUGCGCUUCUAGUCCACGAUUAUGGAACUACACAGAAAACUGUUGAUUUGCGAUUGUUCUGUAAAAAUGUUGUUUUUGCCUAUCCGCAGGUCAAUAAUCUCGUUCCUCAGCCCUUCUUUUCCUGGAUUGACUUUGGUUCUUUCCUUCAGGAAUCCAAAGUUUUAAAAGGAGCUCAUUGGUUAAUAUAUGGUUUUGUUGUUGUUGUGUUGUUGUGUGUGUGUGUGUGUGUGUGUGUGUGUGUGUGUGUAGAUCGGCUCAUGGGACUGGGUGAAUAUCAGCAGCAUCAACAACCUGGCUGAUGUGCAUGCUCUGUAUGUGGGAGGGGAGCCACUGCAGAAGGAGGCCAGAGAGAUCUUCGUGAAGGGCAGCAUGGCUGACGUCAGGAACAACUUCCAGGUCAGAGGUCAAUGAAGUCAAACCUUUCGUGUCCAAUAAUGUUUGGUUAUUUACAAACCUCAUUGAUUUGCUUUCCUUAAAAGGGGAAAUCUGUAGUUUAAAAAACAACAUGCGGUCGCCCCGCCACCUUUUUAGGAAAACAGCUUAGGGAUGGGGCUGGAGAAAUAUAACAACUUUCAAAUUCAUAGAUGCCGCUAUGGAUUCAAGGACUGACCAUCCAUGAGAUCAAAAUGAUAGUUUGAAGUAUUUUGUGAAGCUAUACAGUGUUUGUUUACAAUGACAUUGUUUACAAACAAUGGAGUAAAACAAGCUUACAUUUUGGGUUAGACAGUUGAACUAACCUCACAAGGCAUUCAUACGUUAUGUUCUUCAUGAAUAAAUUGCUAUUUAUCAUUAAUUUUAAAAGUCAAAACAUUGAUAUAGCAAUCGUAGAUUAGAUUGCCCUCCCUCUCAAAGUAGUUGUCAGGAUGGAAAUAAAUAAUAUAUAUUUUUUCUUUGAACAUAUAUGCCCAAACCAAGGCAUUAAUCACCCACUAUACUUGUCAUGACUGAGUCAUUUCUUUGCUGCCCCCUGCAGGAGCUGAUGCAGUACUGCGCUCUGGACGUCCAGGCCACUCACCAGGUGUUCUGUGAGCAGCUGCCGCUCUUCAUGGAGAGGUCAGACAACCACACUUGUUUAAUUCAUUCAUUUAAACUUUAUAUAAUAAUAAUACAAUAAUGCUCUGUCCAAGAGGCAAAGCCACAAUAUGUUUUACUUUUAGGGGUAUCUCUAGCCUGGUCCCAUAUCUGUUUGUGACACUGACUAUAGGAGUUGGCAAAAAACAAACAGAUCUAGGACCAAGCUAACCCAUAUCCCUCUCCACCUGCCAAUCAUUGGACAGUAGUCUCUCUCAACCAAUCACUGUCCCUCCUUUGUCUGUACACAGGUGCCCUCAUCCAGUGACGUUUGCAGGGAUGCUGGAGAUGGGCGGGUGCUACCUACCUGUCAAUCAGAACUGGGGGCGGUACCUGGAAGACUCUCAAGACACGUUUGAGGAGCUGCAGAGAGAGAUGAAGAAGAGUCUGAUGAGUCUUGCGGACGACGCUUGUCAACUGCUGCAGGAUGACAGGUGAGGGACCAUCAUGCAUGCAGUACUUGUUUCAUGAAGCAAUGAGGCUUACAUAAUGACAUUGUAAAUACACUAUGGUGUGUGCAUGUGCAUACAUACCCGAAUAUGUGUGUGUUUAAGGCCAUGGCCACAUUGGGAUAUUGUGUCAGAAUUUCGGAUGGAGCCAAUGCUUUUUCAAACGAUCCGUCUUUUUACGUAUGCAACUUGUCCAAACUCGUUCGGAAAAAAUAGAUGAAGAAAAGCUAACAAUGAUGUACAUCAUACGAUUUUAUCCGUGUUCAUCCGUCUGAUUGUGGCCGCAGCCUUAAGCUAACGGACUGUUUCUCUGUAAGGUAUAAGGAGGACGCCUGGCUUUGGGAUCUGGAAUGGGAUGUCCAGGAGUUCAAGCAGAAGAAGGUGACCGUCAGCAAGAGAAAACGCUCCAAGGCUGAGGCUGAGCCAGCACCCAGCACACCACUGAGAGACUGGGACCAGGGUAGGAGCUCACACUAUACACCAGGGCCCAUAUUUAAAAAGGAGUGCUGAUCUAGGAUCAGUUGCCCUGUCCAUAUAAUCUUAUUCAUUAUGAUAUAAAAGCAAAACUGACACAAUAUCAGCACUCCUACUCUGAGACUCUUUGUACAUAUGUGCCUGGAACAGAGAUGGACCAAGGGCCAGUUUCAUAAAACUAGUUAAGACUGGUCUAUGGUUCCAGGACCGAAUACCAGUACUACAGGACUAUUCUGUCUUGCUAAGUUGUUUUGUGUGCUUAUAUUGGAUCCUAUUUGGGUAAAGGUGUAGUCCAGUGUCAUGUGGAACUGUAAAAUGAUUGACUCUGCUGCUGUGUUGACUUGGAUUAAGAUAACCAGGUGACUUAGCCAUGUUGUUGUGCUGUCAGACCCAGGUCCCCCCACUGAGGAGGAGAUGGCAGGGCCGUGCCCAAGUAGGGAGGCUCUGGAGAGGCUGAAGGAGAUGGUCAGCCGGCUGCCCAAGAGGAGACAGCACCUGCCUGGACAUCCUGGGUGAGCUGGGCUGGACUGGGCCCCCUGUGGAGCUCCAUGUUAACUAAUAAAACACACUAACACCCUGGUACAGAUAACUAUGGCUGUGAAAUACAUCAGGCAACACUCACCAACGUCCUUCCUCCAUCUCACUCUUCAAAUUCUCAUUUGGGCUCUUUCUCAAUUAAUCUUUCCUUGAUUCUUCGCAUCUUCUCUCCUCGCCUCGAAAUGCAUUGGAGAAGAAGGUAAGAGUGGAUGAACCUUCUCCUAUACGGUGAAAAGGGAGGCGAGGAGAUGGGAUGUGAGAAAUCAAGGAAAUCUCAUUGAGAAACGGCCAUAGUUUAUUCCUCCCUACCUUACCAGGUGGUAUCGUAAGUUGUGUGUGAAGAUGUCGGAGGAGGAGAGCUGGUCGCCGGGGGCCAGCCUGAUCAGUCUGGCGAUGCGGGUGACUCCCAAGCUGAUGGGGCUGACAUGGGAUGGCUUUCCCCUGCACUACACGGAGCUGCACGGCUGGGGCUACCUGGUGCCUGGCCGCAGGGACAACCUGAUGGAGCCCCAGGGGGAGGAGGAGGACGCCACGGAGCCUGUGUGCCCCCACAAGUAGGUCACAGCACAACACACAGCUCAGUCAGGGGCACCAGGGGAAAUGGAGACCAAAGACAGGGAUGAGUCUAAGUGAAUUAAUGAAUCAGUCAACCAAUUUUUUUUUACCACUACAUCACUGGGUGUACUAUACGUGCAUCCACCAGAAGUAGUGUGUGUGUGUGUAUAGUUACCUCUGUGUAUUGUUGUGACUCGCAGGGCCAUAGAGAGUGUGUACAGAGAGUACUGUGAGCAGAAAGGUAAAGAGCAGCCUAGGUGUCUGGACAACGGCCUCUCUGAUGACCUCAUGCUGACCGACAGCACACUGUGGCAGACGGUAAGACCCUGACACACACACACACACACACACACGAUGGGUCUGUCUUCAUGACACCUCCUGAAUUACCGUUAAAGCUAAAAUCCUUACUUGCUACAUCCAUUUUAUACUUAAUUAAUUAUAUGUACCCAUUGAUUCAUAAAGAAUAUAACUUUUAUAAAUGCCUCAUGAGCUUAGUUCAACUGUCGUACCCCAUCAGAACCCAAAAUAUAAGCUUGUUUGACAUGUAAACAAACACUGUAUAGCCUCGAACAUGAUUAAAACUGUAAUUUUGAUAUCAUGGAUGGUCAGUCCUUGCACCCAUAGCUGUCUAUGAAUUUGAGAGUGGUUACAUUUCUUCAGGCAUUUUACCAAAACAGAGGCGGGGGGUUUCAACUGCUGAUUCUAGUUUUAAUAGCUGGAAUAUAUAAAUUACAUGAUAACUGUAAUAAAGAGUUACACACAGAGAAUGAUCUUCCCAUAUCAACUAGGAAUUCUGUGCAAAUAGCAAAUAUGCUCUUCUGUCGGAAAGCAUAACAGGUGGGUGUAUUUCCUGUGUUGACCUCUAGGUGGAGGAGUUGGGUCGCUUGGAGAGUGUGUCAGAGGAGGAGAACGGUGGCAGGGUGAUGAGGAAGAGAAAUAAGGUGAACUGUCCCCUCCAUAGAGAUGGAACGAGGGCACGCCUCUGUUUUGACAUUGAUUGAUUCUUAUGGCAAGUGCGCCCUCUAUACAUCUCUAUGGUCCCCUCCUACACAUUUCACCUAUUACGUCAAUGAUCUUUAGGAUUUGAAUGCGUUGGGUGACAUGUUCUAUGUUAUGUAACCAGGAAAUGCAGGAUGUUAAUUCUCUACCAGGUGAGAGUCACUGCCCCUAUCACCAUGGAAACGGACCUUACAAUGAUGUCAACUUUCCGGGCUGCUGGUUUUUCAAACUCCCACACAAGGUACAUCAACUGAUCUAUGCGAUGCUGACCUAAUUUGUGUUGUGCCGAAACAAAAUGCCAAUCCUCUCAUUGGGGGUCGAAUCCUAACUCAAAUUCCUAACUCAAAUGUUCACUUAGUCUUGCAUGGCUAUAGUGUGGGUAUCAAGUGUUUAAUAUAAUAAUCCUAUAAUCUGUGCAGUAUCUGAGCACAUGAACGCACCUAUAAAUGCUUAAGAGACCGUUUUGACUACAGGAUGGAAAUGACAACAACGUGGGCAGCCCCUUCUCCAAGGACUUCCUGUCCAAGAUGGAAGACGGCACCCUGAGGGCAGGGAGGGGGGGCACCAACGCCACCCGGGCUCUGGAGAUCAACAAGAUGAUCUCUUUCUGGAGGAAUGCCCAGAAACGCAUCAGGUAGCUACCCAGGCUCCACUUCAUGUGGACAGUUAACUGACUUGCCUAGUUAAAUAAAGGUAAAAAAAUAAAUAAAAAUUAAGAACAAAUUCUUAUUUACAAUGACGGGCUACACUGGCCAAACCCGGACGACACUGGGCCAAUUGUGCGCCGCCCUAUGGGACUCCCAAUCACGGCCGGUUGUGAUACAGCCUGGAAUCGAACCAGGAGGUCUGUAGUGACGCCUCAAGCACUGAGAUGCAGUGCCUUAGACCACUGCACCACUCAGGAGCCAUGUGAGAAUGACUUAAUGAAUAGGAAUUAAAUGAAUUUCUGGAAAAGGAUGGUUGAAGACGUACUGCAGUUAUAUUGCUAAUCAUCAUGGCCAGACACAAUGAGAAAUAUAAAAUGACUCAUCCUAGAGGGUUCAAGUACAGUUGUGUUAUCAUGUCUGAUGUGUCCUGGCAGCUCUCAGAAGGUGGUGUGGCUGAGGAAAGGGGAGCUCCCUCGCGCUGUCAGCAGGCAUGAAGAGUAUGAUGAGGAGGGGCAGUAUGGCGCCAUCUUGCCCCAGGUCGUCACCGCGGGAACAGUCACCCGCAGGGCUGUGGAGCCAACGUGGCUGACUGCCAGCAACGCUCGGGUGAGAGAAUAGAAAGAGAGAGAAAACGAGAAGAGAAGAAAAGAAUGGUGGAAGUGUACUGGGCAACACAGCUUUAUUUAAGGGAGCCACUGAUAUAGAGGUUGUGUGUGUGGUCUGUGCAGCGGGAUCGAGUGGGCAGUGAGCUGAAGGCCAUGGUACAGGUGCCCCCUGGGUACCACCUGGUGGGGGCGGACGUGGACUCCCAGGAGCUGUGGAUCGCUGCCGUUCUGGGAGAGGCCCACUUCGCUGGCAUGCAUGGUGAGACUUCACCCCUAGCGCUGAUACUCCGAUUGAUGCUGCAUUCAUUUUGCUAUGAGAAUGGUCAGAAAUGUGAGUUUCCGACGAUGUCCCUGAAAGACAGAAAUCUAAUGAGGAACUCAUUCCCAGUCAGAAUAUUUCAGUGUCUGUUUGCAUUUUGUCACGGAAUUCAUAUUUAUUUUACAACAGAGGAUGUUUCAAACAGUGCCCCAUAUCUGGGGACUUGAGGAAUCCAUUCAGUCAUUAACGUGGCCUGUUAAUCAUGUAUCUGUUACUGUGUGUCCAGGCUGCACAGCGUUCGGCUGGAUGACCCUGCAGGGUAAAAAGAGCCAGGGCACUGACUUGCACAGCCGCACGGCUGACACGGUGGGCAUCAGCCGCGAGCAUGCCAAGGUCUUCAACUACGGACGCAUCUACGGCGCUGGGCAGCCCUUCGCCGAGCGCCUGCUCAUGCAGUUCAACCACCGCCUCAGCCAGCCAGAAGCCGCCAGCAAGGCCCGGCAGAUGUAUGCCCUCACCAAGGGCCUACGCAGGUACAGGAAGGAUAGUGGUGCAUUGAAUUUAGGUAGGACUGACACCCUAUUCACUAUAUAGGGAAUAUAAUAUGCCAUUUCAGACGCAGGCCUAGUUAUCAAAGAUUGUAAGGAGGGGGGACUCCCCUCGUCCACUACCAAUGUGUAGCACCUCACCAAGGGGUGCAGUACGGCUAAGAUGAUGGGAGUUUGGAGCUGUACUGUGAACGUCAUCAACUCGCCUCUGCUUGCUCUUUUGGAGGUUUAAGCUUGGAUCUAAGCACUUUAAAUGCAUCUAUAUUAUGUGCACAGAGCAGUAGACAGUAGUUCUAUAGCACAACAAGGGAUGUUUUGGAGGAUUAAAUUACAGAAAGGAUGUGUGUCAGGUACCGUCUGUCUGAGGAGGGUGAGUGGCUGCUGAAGGAGCUGGAUGUGGAGGUGGAGAGGGACGAGGACGGGAGCGUCUCCCUGCAGGAGCUCCGCCGGAUCACCAGACUGGCCUCCCAGAGGUGAGGCAGCAGUGUGUGGGUGUGUGUGCUUCUGGAAGGCUAUGUGGAGCCAUCGCCAUAUUGUUUAGACCUAUCAGGUUCCUUCAGUUCUGCAAACACCAAAGGUAUAGUGGUUAGAGAUAUUUUUGAACCAGGCACUAAUGUCAGCUUUGUGUGAACUGAAGUCCUUCACUACCACUGACCCCUAGCCCCUCCCCCUAGAUACUCCUGUAGAUCUGGCUAGGGACACACUUACUUACUUUCUACCUCAUCCUCUCCUGAUUGGCCGUGCAGUUCUCGGAGGAGGAAGUGGGAGGUGGCGGGCCAGCGUCUGUGGGCUGGUGGUACGGAGUCAGAUAUGUUCAACAAGCUGGAGAGCAUCGCCCUCUCAGCCCAGCCGGCCACCCCCGUCCUGGGCUGCAGGAUUAGCAGAGCCCUGGAGCCUCAGGCCGUCAAGGACGAGGUCAGGAGAUACCAGGAGAAACACACAAUCAUAAGAACACACACAAUCCAUAAAAACACACACGCGCAUACACAAUUAUAAGAACACACACAUACACACAAUCAUAAGAACACACUCACUCUCAAUCAUAAGAACAGAAUCAAACACACACUUGCUGUAAAUUAAGAGAUGAACGUGUGUGUGUGUGUGUGUGUCAGUUCAUCACCAGCAGGGUGAACUGGGUGGUGCAGAGCUCGGCGGUGGACUACCUCCACCUGAUGCUGGUGGCCAUGCGCUGGCUGAUGGAGGAGCACGACAUCGACGGACGCUUCUGCAUCAGCAUCCACGACGAGGUGCGCUACCUGGUCUGCAGCGAAGACCGCUACCGGGCAGCACUGGCCCUGCAGAUCACCAACCUGCUCACAAGGUCAGUAGUACUGCCCUGACUCAUACACUGUCUCCUGCUGAUGACUUGCCAGAUCACCCCUUACAAAAAAAAUGAAAAUUGAAAGUAUUGUGUAAUUGUCAUUCAUAGCCUGUGAGUUACUUGUUUUACAUAAACAGCUUAUUGAACAGAUUUGAGACAUGUGUUCCUCCAUACUUUACCCUUGUGCUCUACAGGUGUAUGUUUGCCCAUGCACUAGGCAUGCAGGACCUGCCCCAGUCAGUGGCCUUCUUCAGUGCCGUGGACAUUGACCAGUGUCUGAGGAAGGAGGUGACCAUGGACUGUGUGACUCCCUCCAACCCCACAGGGCUGGAGCGCAGAUACGGCCUCCCACAGGGUGAGUAUAUCAUCACUGUAUAUCAUUCUUUAAACUGCUGCUCUUAAAACCUGCGUUUGAUACAUACAGCCCCAGAAUGUCUUCAGAUUGUAGUGUGCAUGUGUUGCAAUCAUAGCAACUUUAUUUAUAGACCUUUUUUUAUAAAAUUAUUUUACACACCAUCUUACCUCAUAUACUGUGUACAGCAUCUUUGGCUGUUACAUGUGGUCUGCCAAACUCUCUAAAACGAUGUUGGAGGCAGCUUAUGGUAGAGAAAUGAACAUUACAUUCUCUGGCAACUGCUCUGGUUGACAUUCCUGCAGUCAGUAUGCCAAAUGCACGCUCCCUCAACUUGAGACAUCUGUGGCAUUUUGUUUGGCAAAACAGCACAUUUUAGAGUGGCCUUUUUGUCCCCGGCACAAGGUGCACCUUGUAAUAAUCAUGCUGUUUAAUCAGCUUCUUGAUAUUCCACACCUGUCAGGUGGAUGGGAUUAUCUUGUCAAAGGAGAAAUGCUCACUAACAGGGAUGUAAACACAUUUGUGAGAAAUAAGCUUUUUGUGGAUAUAGAACAUUUCUGGGAUCUUUAUUUCAGGUCAUGAAACAUGGGACCAACACUUUACAUGUUGUGGGGGGACAUGUACAUGAUAACAUAGAAACAUGUUUUAAAUACUGUGAAAUGUUCACAGUAAAUUAAUAAAUACAGCAGAAAAUGUUUGCAUGCUCUCAGUCUCCCAAGUGAAAGCUUUAAACAAAUGAUCAGAUAAUACAAAACAUAAUCUUCAACCUCUUGUAUCUUUCUCUGUACAGCAAGUACCUAGAAUAACAACACAUUGACUCUCCACAGGUGAGGCUCUGGACAUAUACCAAAUCAUCGACAUCACCAAAGGCUCUCUGGGGAAAGGGAGAUAA